CGGCAACUGGGAUGGCUUUAUUAACUACAGCUUUUCACGUAUAUCAGAGGUUUUCUAGCUGGCGUUUGUUUUAUUGUUAAACUAAAUGGUUCGUGGGUUCUAGUUUAAUGCGUAAACAAGACAAUGACGCGGACGCCUUCGUUUAUGAUUGGCACUCAUGCUAACUAAUCCAGGUUUUGCUGCCUUUCUGGACUGUCGGAAAUCGUUUGCUUUGGAGAGGUAGUUUCAUUUUUUAUCUAAUUUUUACGGAAAAUAUGUGGACGUUUUUGUCUGUGCCCUUCUAAGUAAAUAAGUUGUAUAUAUAUGGAUGCCUUAACUUGGAAAGGCAUAAACUGCGUAAGAGUGACUUUCGGAAGUUAAAUUUCCGACGGUUACCUGAAGGAAGCAAAUAGUGCCAUCCCGCAAAGUUAGCUCCUCUGGUAGUUAGCCGUUGGACCGCAGCAUCAGCACCAUUUUCACGAAUGGCGGACAAGAUUCAUCCGCGGUUUUGACUCUGCUACGACGAGAUGAGCCGCUUCUGUUCGGACAACAAUAAUUUCCCCUACGACAACAAUGUCCUGGUGUUGGAUAUGGUAUUGGGGUCUCUGUGGGGAGUGCCUCAGCCCAUAAACUGGGAUAAUGUGGCCAAACUGGUGCCAGGCUUCACUCCUAAUGAGUGCGCCCGCCGAUAUGAGGAGCUGAAGACCACGGCUGGGUUUCCCCAUGUGGAUUAUCAAUGUAAUGACCUGAUGGGGGGAAGCGUCUCACCAUCUGAGAGCCUGUGCACCCUGCUGGAGGCUGAAGAUCUGGUCAAGAGAGAAGGAAGCAAUCAGAGCUGCGGUAAAGUUACAGGGUCUAAGUCAGUCCCCUCUGGAAGGAGUAGCAGUUUGGAGGCGACAGAGAAGCAAGUUUCCAUUGAAGCCGAUGACAAACCUCAAAAGCCACGGGAUCUUAAUAUGGUGAUCCAUGUGUGUGACGAGACCAAGAACCUGAAGCAGGAUUUCACCUGUCCCAGAGAUCUUCUGGUCAAAGAGAUGCGUUACUUUGCAGAGUAUUUGUCUGUGGACCAACAGAGGUGGGAAGAGUUGGACAUCUCAGUUCACUGCGACGUGCAGAUCUUCGACUGGCUCAUGAAGUACGUCAGAAGGAACUCUGUCGGAGAGGGGAACAAAGACAAACCCCGUCUGGAGCCCAGCAAUGUGAUCUCAAUCCUGAUCUCCUCCGAGUUCUUGAAGAUGGAUACGUUAGUAGAAGAGUGCAUCCAGUAUUGCCACAAACACAUGAGCGCCAUUGUUGCGACUCCAUGCAACAUGAACUGCAUCAACAGCAACUUGGCCACACGGAUCGCUGAGCUCUUCAACCACAAUGAGGCCGACGACAUCAGGGACAAAAAAGAUAAAUUCAAAAGUAAACUGUUUCAGAAGAAAAUUGAGCAGCUUCUCGAUCCAAAGCACCAUAACAAAGAUUCACCAGGAAACGCCUCGACACUCUACAGGUGUUGUCUGUGCCUCAAGCUUCUGACCAAAGAGACAGAGAGGAAGAUUUCCUGCGUUCCAAGGAAAAUUAACGUGGACAUUUGCGGACAGAUUAUCUAUACUCACCAGAGACAGAAGAGCUGGGAUGUGCAUGAAUACAUCACAGCUUUAUAUGAAGAGCUCAAGUCCUGGGUCCUGGUUUACUGGAGAAUCUGGGGUACCAUCAACUACCUCACCUGCUCACGAUGUCAGCAGGUGUUUGUUUGUGCAGAGCUGACCUGCUGCAAAUACCACCCAGAUGGUGUGCUGUACCCUGGCAUGGGUAGAGAGAAAGGCUGGCAGGAUGCUGGAAUAUACCCCUGCUGCAACCAGAGGGUUCUGCGCUUUGACCCCAUUGAAAUACCAAAGGGUUGUAAGAUGCGGGAUCACAUCGUGAAUUUACCAGAUGAGGAGAAGUGUGAUGAGGCAACUGCUGCUCAGACCAGAGUCCUAAAUGACCUGCUGCUGCACAGAGACGCUGUGUGUUUGUCUAACACAUCGCCUUCAGACGGCUCUGACGAUAGUCCAACCAGCGCAGAGAAAGCCCAAGACUGCAACGAUCUCAUGGAACUAACGCUCCUAGGUUCCCUGAGAGGAGAUGGCAGCCCUUUUUCCCUUUUCAAGAACUGGACUCUUCAGCUGAAGCAGCAGUCCCUGCUGUCGGAGGAGGAAGAGUACACCACAGGGUCAGAGGUCACAGAAGACGAGGUUGGGGAUGAAGAAGAGCUGUCAAAGAAACAAGCUGCAAAGAAGGCCAAAAAAGCGCACAGACCCCUGAAGAAACAGCUGUCCUCUUCAAACUUUCAACGCAAGGAGAAAUCUGAGAAAUCGCAGACCAGAGACAUGACACCUUUCACAGUUAGCCUCCAGAAGAAUAAGUGGGACAGCACUCGCUCCCUGCGCUACAAUCAGGAUGCUCAGAGAGAAGAAGACCAACGGCGCAUGGCGGAGAUCAUCGGCCACCUGACCAAGAUGAGGUUUGGAGACCAGGAACAGAGUAAAGCCAAGGAUACCAAAGAGCCUUCAGGAGGGAUCUACGCCAAGCUGGAAGCGCAGUUUAAAGGCGGCACUCAGACUAGGCCCACGCCAGAGAAAGCUCCCAGGUCCAAGAUGCGUUACGCCCAGAUCCGAAAUACGUAGAGGUUCUGAAGCGGUAAAGAAGCUCCGAGCUGUUGGAUAGAUGAGGAGCCGUGAUAGAGGAAGGAUAGACGCUUAUUCUCCCAGCCUGGUUUGGACUCCCUCCUCCCUCCAGUCUGUGUAGAUGUGGAGCUCCAUCAACUGUCCUCUCUGUUGCUCAGCUGGCUGCAUGUUUGUGCAGCUGUGGCCGUUUCUCCACAAACAAGGCCAAACCCCUGGGUUCCGCUCGGUUCUUCUUGCAUGUUCCAGGACCUCGUAAACAUCAGAAAAACUGCUGCUGGACCUCAAUUGUGAUUUUUUUUUGGGACUGAACAGUUCCUGCUUGUGAUCAGUUCUGCUGAAGCUUUAUUCUUUUAACGGACAUCGGAUGUGAUGAGACAGAUUCUUUAUUUGUAUUUUCUCCCAGUUCUGGUCAAGAUGUAAAUGCUUAUACACUAACUGUUCUGAAUUAAAAACACAAGCAUAAAACAAUACAAAUGAGCCACAUUCAGAAAGUUUCCUUUUGUCCUAUAGGUGGCAGUAUAACCCUGGCAGGGGUUACUGGGUUGCGAGUGAUCAACUUUGUCCUAGUUUUGCCCAGACAGAACACGUCCCCUCAGUCCAAACACUGGUCCAGGUGCUGCCAACCAUUCGGCCAAAGGUUUCACCUCUUAGUGGGGAUGCUUUUAAGACAGGUCCGAUCCGCUGGAAACGGGUUUUUGUUUGGGUCAAAGCUGGUUUGCUAAACUGGGUGGAGGUUCAGGCCAGGAGUUUCUGUUGGCGGGUGUUCAUACCCAGCUCUUUCUAUCAGGAUUGCUCACAGGGGUAUUAAUAUCUCUGCUACACACCAGGGCAUAAGGGGACAUGAACAGGCAGAGUGGGCAGGGUUUUACUCCCCAACCCACAGAGGGGGGGUGGGUGGAGGCCGUCCCAGCUGUCUCUUCUUCAACCUCGACAGCGGAUGCCGAGAAUGGCUGGGGAUCUGUGGAUGUGGGUCAGGAGGUCCGGUUACAGGAGGUCUGAAUUAGGGUCCCACAGAGAGGCCCAGAUGUAAGCACGUCAACCGGAAACAUGAGCAAGAGGAGAACCAAAAUAAAAUCCUUAAAACAAACCAGCAGGUUUAAGGGUCUAAUCAUGGUUCUGGUCAAGAGAGGUUUAAUGUCCUGUUUUAUAUAUUUUUUUUAAUUAUUAAAAACACACUAGACUUACUUUUUAUGUCUUCAUAAAAAAAGACAUAAAAUUCUAAAAUUUUGGUUUUAGUGGACAGCUAUGCUUCUCUUAACCAUUAAGAGCAGCAGUAUUCACUUCCUGCCUGUUAAAAACGUGUCCCUGUUCUGAGGCUGCUAAAUUAGUGGCUUCAUGACCUCCUUACAGAGACCAUAUAAUUUAACAAUUUGAUUCUGGUGUUUUGAACCAACAGGACAUCUAAAAUAGGCACCAUUUUUAAGGACUGGAGUCCGCCAACACUGAUUUUGAUGUGCUGAGGCCAAUUUAAGAGGCCUCCGUUACCUUGUCUAUCAACAUUUGUCUUAAUUUGGCACGUAGGGUACUGGUAUUAAGGUCUGGAAAUGUUUAGAGGAUUUAAAUAACUUAAAAAUGUGGAAGAGACGGAGAUUUGGGGAGCUUGUAACAGAGUAAAUUAGCCCUGCCCUGUUCCCACCUGUUGCUGCACACUG